CACUUCGCGUUCACAUCACAAGAACAGCCCAACCGAAGCCUCCGAUCCCUCCCGGAGCAUCGCCGGCGACGCUCGGUCCGAAUCCGAACCCGAAUCCGGAUCCGGGAGCCAUGGGGAUAGUGGAGGAGGCGCACAACGUGAAGGUCCUGGGGUCCGGGGAGCGGACCAUCGUGCUGGCGCACGGGUUCGGGACGGACCAGUCGGUGUGGAAGCACCUGGUGCCGCACCUGGUGGACUCGUACCGGGUGGUGAUCUACGACAACAUGGGGGCCGGCACCACCAACCCGGAAUACUUCGACUUCGAGCGGUACGCCACCCUCGAGGGCUACGCCUACGACCUCCUCGCCAUCCUGGAGGAGCUCCUCAUCCACUCCUGCGUCUUCGUCGGCCACUCUGUCUCCGCCAUGGUCGGCGCCAUCGCCUCCAUCAGCCGCCCCGACCUCUUCACCAAGAUCGUCAUGCUCUCCGCCUCCCCUAGGUACGUGAAUGACCCCGAGUACUUUGGAGGGUUCGAGCAGGAGGACCUGGACCAGCUCUUCGAGGCGAUGCGCGAGAACUACAAGGCGUGGUGCUCCGGCUUUGCCCCCCUGGCCGUCGGCGGCGACAUGGACUCGGUGGCCGUCCAGGAGUUCAGCCGCACCCUCUUCAACAUGAGGCCCGACAUCGCCCUCAGCGUCGCCCAGACCAUCUUCAACAGCGACAUGCGCUCCAUCCUCCGCCUCGUCGCCGUCCCCUGCCACAUCGUCCAGAGCAUGAAGGACCUCGCCGUCCCCGUCGUCAUCUCCGAGUACCUGCACCAGCACCUUGGCGGCGACUCCAUCGUGGAGGUCAUGCAGUCCGACGGCCACCUCCCCCAGCUCAGCUCCCCCGACACCGUCAUCCCCGUCCUCCUCCGCCACAUCCGCCACGACAUCGCCACCUAACGGCGCGCACGGAGCCACCCUCUUAUCUCUGUACUAUGUCUGGUUAUUUCUACGUAAUAUGCAUAGGAGAGCGACGCGUGUCGAUGCCCAAUAAUCAUGUCCGGACCUACAUUAUAGAGAUAAGUGUCGGAACCUAUAUGCACGACACAAGUUAGGACAUGUUAAGGGGACGGAGGACCCGCCUUCCCCGAUUAUCGGGGGUCUUUCCGAUGACUCAAGAUGCUUUGUUAGCAGGUUAUUAUCUAGUCUUAUAGCUUCAUUAGCUCUGGUCUUUGUUGUGCAAGUGUAAAUUGCUCUACUGCCCCUGUGAUUCUAUCUAUGUCAUUGGGAGUAGAAUAAGAGCUGUACUUAAAAUUU